GUGGUCGUUUGCUCCUUUUGCUUGUUAAAAAUAAAAGUCAGGUAUAUCCCAUGUGCAACAGUGUAGCUUGUAUGGAGUCACUGGAGUGGAGCAGUGCACAUGAGCAGGUGUGGGGGGUACAGAAUAUUGGUGCAUGCCCCCCUUCUCCUGUUGUGUUUGGCUGCGCCCUGUGGGGCCUGGUAGUACUGUAGGCUUACAGGGGGAGGAUCUGCAUGGGUGGGGGGCUGUCCCACUUAGCUCUCUGCUUAUUCAUUAUCUGCAGUCAUUCAUCUUACUGGAGCUGAGUCUCACCCAGACUGUGCUGCAGCACCAGCUAAGGCUGCCUGUGUGUGAGAGAGAAGCACUGAUUGGUGGGAGCUUGCAGUGAGGGGGAAAGAAGGAUGGGGGGCAAAUGCCAGGAGUUAAAGCCUGAGACUACAUUGAGCGGGCUCCUCUGAAACCCUUGGAAUGUGGACAGACAGUGCCCCGAACUGCUCUGUGCCCUACCUGCCCAUGCCUGGCACAUUCCAGCACUGUGAGUGGAGAAAUCCUCCCUCCUAAGGGAACCAUUAAAAUAAAUUAGGGGUGGGUGAGAUUGCCCUGAGACUACUUGUUGAUCUCUGGAGUCUGCUGCACAAAUGAAGAUCCUGGAGGGAGAGCUUAGGAAUCCUGUCUGCUGCUGAAGAGUCGCCGCCUGACAGAACAGGUCGGAGGCGCAGCAUGCCUGGGAGUUCCUCUGAUCAGAGUCCCACCAUGGACCAGUCAGCGACCACCCCAUUUCGAGUCACGGGGUUCCUCAGUCGCCGGCUCAAAGGCUCCAUCAAACGGACGAAAAGCCAACCCAAGCUCGACCGAAACAGCAGCUUCCGCCAUAUCAUCCCUGGCUUCCGAAGUGUGGACAAUGAAAGGUCCCAUCUAAUGCCGAGAUUGAAAGAAUCGCGGUCUCACGAGUCGUUACUGAGCCCCAGCAGUGCCGCCGACGCUCUUGAUCUCAGCAUGGAGGAGGAAGUUGUCAUCAAACCUGUCCACAGCAGCAUCCUCGGCCAAGACUUCUGCUUUGAGGUAAAUGCCUCAUCGGGGAGCAAAUGUUUUUCUUGCCGUUCUGCAGCCGAGAGAGAUAAAUGGAUGGAGAACCUACGGCGUGCUGUGCACCCUAAUAAGGACAACAGCAGGAGAGUAGAGAAUAUGCUAAAACUCUGGAUUAUUGAAGCAAAGGACCUUCCAGCCAAAAAGAAAUACCUGUGUGAACUCUACCUAGAUGAUGUACUUUAUGCACGAACUACCUGCAAACUAAAAACUGAUAACGUGUUUUGGGGGGAGCACUUUGAAUUUAAUAACCUUCCCACGCUGAAAAGCAUCACUGUCCACUUGUAUAAAGAGACGGACAAGAAGAAAAAGAAAGACAAAAACAAUUACGUGGGGCUGGUCAAUAUCCCUAUUGGGGCGGUGACUGGCAGGCAGUUUGUGGAGAAAUGGUACCCUAUAGUCACUCCCAACCCGAGUAAAGGCAAGACCUCCGGCCCCAUGAUCCGCAUUAAAACACGCUACCAGAGUAUCAGUAUCCUCCCCAUGGAGAUGUAUAAGGAGUUUGCAGAGUAUAUCACCAAUAAUUACAUGGUCCUCUGCUCAACACUGGAAGGGAUCCUUAGCGUAAAGAAUAAGGAGGAGAUGGCAUCUGCUCUGGUCCAUAUACUGCAAAGCACUGGAAAAGCCAAGGAUUUCCUCACGGACCUAAUGAUGUCUGAAGUUGAUCGUUGUGGUGACAAUGAACAUCUUAUAUUUCGGGAAAACACACUCGCCACCAAGGCUAUUGAGGAGUACCUGAAGCUUGUAGGGCAGAAGUACCUGCAGGACGCGCUUGGUGAGUUUAUAAAAGCACUGUAUGAAUCAGAUGAAAACUGUGAGGUCGAUCCCAACAAGUGUUCCACAUCAGAUCUUCCCGAGCACCAGAGCAAUCUGAAAAUGUGCUGUGAACUGGCAUUCUGCAAAAUCAUCAACUCCUAUUGUGUGUUUCCAAGGGAACUGAAAGAGGUGUUUGCCUCCUGGAGGCAAGAGUGCAACAGCCGAGGGCGCCCCGAUAUCAGUGAACGACUCAUCAGUGCCUCCCUUUUCCUGCGCUUCCUCUGCCCGGCCAUCAUGUCCCCAUCACUAUUCAACCUGCUCCAGGAAUACCCGGAUGACCGGACAGCACGGACACUUACCUUGAUCGCCAAGGUCACUCAGAACCUUGCCAACUUUGCAAAGUUUGGCAGUAAGGAGGAGUACAUGUCGUUCAUGAAUCAAUUUCUGGAGCACGAGUGGACAAACAUGCAGAGAUUCCUCUUGGAGAUUUCCAACCCAGAGACCAUCUCCAACACGGCCGGUUUUGAGGGCUACAUCGACCUGGGACGGGAGCUCUCCACUCUGCACUCUUUAUUGUGGGAUGUCAUUGCACAGAUGGACCAGGUCACGGUCGCCAAACUUGGGCCCCUUCCUCGUAUUUUAAGAGAUGUAAAUGCAGGGUUGAGUAACCCCUCCAGCAUCCAGAGCUCCGCCUCCAGCGAGCACUCGGCGUCAACGCCAAACGCAAGCAACAGCAUAUCAACCGGCCUGCAGAAGAUGGUAAUAGAGAAUGACUUAUCGGGUCUAAUAGAUUUCACAAGGUUACCAUCUCCAACCCCUGAAAACAAGGACUUAUUUUUUGUCACAAGGUCUGCUGGGGUUCAGCCGUCGCCAGCAAGAAGUUCCAGCUAUUCGGAAGCCAAUGAGCCGGAUGUGCAGAUAACCAAUGGAAACAAGAGCUUGUCAAUGGUUGACCUCCAGGACAAUCGUGUGUUGGACAUUGGCACCAACACUUCAGGCAUUGGGGAUUCUUUAAAUGACAGUCAGACAUCUUUUAGCCAGCUGCAAGCAAUAUGGACAGCAAGGACACCACAGGGCAAUAUAAUGACAAUGACCACGGCUAGAAGAACAGGACAUACACCAACUACUCCAAACUCAGACACAACGCCGAGUAGACCACAGCUAUUGGCACCUUUAUCAUUCCAAAACCCUGUGUACCAAAUGGCAGCAGGUUUGCCAGUUUCACCACGGGGAUUAGGGGACUCUGGAUCAGAGUGUCAUAGCUCCCUCAGUUCCCAUAGUAAUAGCGAGGACUUAGCAGGAAGUAAACAUGGUUUUAUGAACCCCGGGAGCACAGAAGAUUUCAGUAGGCGAUCUGGAGAUAUGUCUAGGUGUGUAGACAUGUCUAGAUCUGUAGAUAUGUGUAGAUCUGGGGAUAUGUCUAGGAGGCAGCAUUCAUUAUGUGAAAAAACUGGUCAACCUACAAUGCCACGGCAGAACAGUUCAGGCCCUCAGAGGCGAAUAGAUCAACCACCACCUCCACCACCCCCAGCAAUGACCAGGGGAAGGACACCCCCAACGUUAUUAUGCACGGCAACGUACCAGAGACCCUCUAGUGGCAGUAUGAUGUCUUCUUCUCCAGACUGGCCAGGCAGUGGUGCCCGUGUGAGGCAACAGUCGUCAUCUUCCAAAGGUGACAGCCCCGAGAUGAAACAGAGGACACUGCAUCAUAAACAGGCCCCCUCACCCGUGAACCCCAAUGCUCUGGACCGCACAGCUGCAUGGCUGUUGAAUAUGAAUAUGCAGCUAUUAGAAGAUGAAAGCCCUGAGCCAGAUAUCAAGCACAGGGACAAACUCAGGAAUAAGGAAGAGCUCAGCCAAGCAGAAAAGUACCAACAGGAGAUCAUGGUGUUGCAGGAAAAGCUCCGACUUUCAAACAAGAAGCUAGAAGAGUAUGAGAACCGUUGCAAGAGCCAGGAUGAACAAACCCAAAAACUCCUGCUGGAAUACCAGGCCAGGCUGGAGGAAAGCGAGGACAGGCUAAGACGGCAGCAGGAGGACAAGGAGAUGCAGAUGAAAGGAAUCAUCAGCAGGUUGAUGUCGGUUGAAGAAGAAUUAAAGAAAGAUCACUCGGAAAUGCAAGCAGCUGUCGACUCUAAGCAGAAGAUCAUUGAUGCACAGGAGAAGCGAAUCGCAUCACUGGACGCCGCAAAUGCACGGUUAAUGAGUGCGCUCACUCAGCUGAAAGAGAGGUACAGCAUGCAGACACGUAACGGGAUCUCACCCACAAACCCAACUAAAUUACAGAUCACAGAGAACGGAGAAUUCCGAAACAGCAGUAAUUGUUAACAAAAUAUUUUUU